GGAGACCUGAUUUCACUGGCCAAGCAAAGUGACCUGCCGGUCAAAAAGGUGGAGACCUGGUUUCGGCACCGGCGGGCCCAGGACCGGCCCAGGCUGAUGAAGAAGUUCUGUGAGGCCAGCUGGAGAUUUACAUUCUAUUUCACCUCAUUCUUCUCUGGGCUGGCUCUUCUGUAUGAUAAGCCCUGGUUUUGGGACCACACUGUGUGCUGGCUGAGAUUUCCACAACAGCCUCUCCUGCCUGCAUUGGGCUGGUUCUACCUGCUGGAGCUCUCCUUCUACUGCUCGCUGGUGGCCACUCUGCCCUUCGAUGUGAAGAGGAAGGACUUUAAGGAACAGAUCAUCCACCACAUUGCCACCAUCACUCUGAUCUUUGUCUCCUACUGUGCCAAUCUUAUACGGUUUGGGAUGAUAGUCAUGCUGGUCCAUGAUGCUUCUGAUCAUAUUUUAGAGCUUGCUAAGAUGCUCCAUUACAUGAAAUGGAAGCGGCUCUGCGAAGCAGUCUUUAUUGUUUUCGCUGUGGUUUUCAUCAUCUCCCGGCUUGUCAUUUUCCCGUUAAUCACAUACUAUUACUUUGUGACCAAAUUUCAGUUGUUCCUCAUUAGCUGUCUGAUAAACAUUUUCCUGAUGAUCCUGCAGUUGUUACACAUUUUCUGGUCCUAUCUAAUCAUCCAGAUGAUCUCCAGUGUCAUCCUCCGUGGUGCGAAAGGAAAAGAUGCCCGAAGUGACACCGAGGAAAGCGACAGGAGUGAAGCAGAGGAUCUGGAAAAGAACAAAGAGCAACGCAGGUCUCACUGCGAAACACUAAGAGCUGGGCAGGCUCCUAAAAGUGGGGAGGCUGAAUAG